AUGGCACCAAAAGCAUUGAUCUUGAUCGCACAGGGAACAGAGGAGAUGGAGUUCACCAUCACUUACGAUGUCCUUGUUCGUGGUGGAAUCGAAGUUCAAUCUGCGUUUGUUGGCUCUUCAGCAAGUGCACAAAACAGUCAAGAUCCACAUGGAAGUGAAUAUGUGACAUGCUCCCGUGGAGUGAAAAUCGUUCCCGAUUUACGGUUACCCGACCUUGCCGGCGGCAAAGCGUUGGAAGAAUAUGAUGCAAUAAUCGUUCCAGGCGGUGUAAAGGGAGCAGAGACAAUCAGCCAGAAUGAUGAUGUUGCCAAACUUUUGAGCGCAUUUGCAGCAAAAGGUAAAGUUGUUGCCGCAAUUUGUGCUGGUUCUUUAGCUAUCAAAUCGGCUGGGAUUGGAAAGGAUAACGCAAUCACAAGUCAUCCAUCAGUCAAAGCAGAAUUGGAAAAAGAUUAUCACUACAAAGAUGAUCGUGUGGUUAUUGCAGAUAAGCUCAUCACUUCUCGUGGUCCAGGAACUGCUUUCGAAUUCGCACUAGCGAUCGUAGAAGCAUUGGCAGGAAAGGAAAAGCGAGUAGAGAUUACCGAUCCAAUCAUCUUGCACCCUGCGCAGAUUCAACACGAUCAAGAAUAG